AUGAUCCAAGUCUGUCACUCGGCCCCUCCAUACAAGACCGUGCAUCCGAGGCGACUCGUGCUUGCACCGGUCAUACAAAACCAAACCACAAUGAAUCCCCCCUCAGCACCCAACCCGGCAGGCGACGCAGGCGUACUACCAGACUUCAACAACCUCAGCCUCCAGGACGCACCAUCACCGCCCGCCAACGACGACGAUCUCGACGUUUUGACCAUGUCACGGGAAACCGCCAUGAAGUUGAUCGCACGCUCAAUAAUUGCCAUUGCCAAUGCAGCUGGCGAUGUGCCCGCCACACCACCACUUUCGCGGCCCGGGACGCCUGGCGGACGGGAAAACCACCUCAUACGCUCCCACCGACGGACAGCGUCCAGACCAGCGACGCCUAUCCCCGCCGAAAAAGAGAACCACCAACCGACCGAGCUAGCUCCACCGGAAGCGGGUCACGAUGAGCCCGUCACCAUACACGACAUUGGCGCCGGAGCGCAGCCCGAGUCCGUGCAACGAGCCAACAUGGCUCGCAAGUUUUUCUCCAAGACGGUGCCCAAAGUCGGCGUCGAGGAGUACAUGAACCGCAUUCAGAGAUUCUGUCCGCUGUCCACGGGGGUUUGGCUAGCUGCUGGGUCGUACAUGUUGCGAUUAUGCGUUAUCGAUAGGAGCGUUCCCCUCACAUACCGGACAAUGCAUCGGCUCAUACUGGCUUGCGCUCUCGUAGCGAUGAAGGCAUUAGAAGAUCACAGGUGGCCGCAGAAGCGCUUUGCUGCCGUAGGAGGUGUCGACGAGGCAGCACUCAGCCGACUUGAGCUAUGCGUAGAGUUCUUGCUGUCGUUUGACGUACAAAUCUUCACACCAGAGAAGCUCAAGGAGUUGACACUUCAACUGCAAAAGGCGGGACAGGCUGCAACCAUGACCUGUAGAUUACCGACAUCCUUCAGCCUGAAGAUGAACAACCCAAAAGUACGGAAUCCGCAGGCUGUUUGA